CACGCCCGCACCCGCUCCGGGGAGAAGAGGUGGUGGCUCUCCGCGCCCGCGGCGGCUGCCGGCGGCCCGCCCCGACGCCGCGUCCCCGCCGCGCGCUCCAGUAGCAGGACCGGGUCUCCCUCCCGACGAGCCGAAAAACGACUGCCUUUAAGACUACUAGUGAAAAGACCCACACAGAAACAAUCUAAAGGGGCAGCCUCACGGCCAUGGAAGAUUUGACCCCAAUCCAUCAGGGAUGAUUGAAUGAGAUGCCAUUUACAGUGAUUCGGUACAGAAAAAAAUAAAUCAAGUAAGCUAGCAAAACUGCUUCUAGCCAAGUUGAAGUAAUAGACACAAUAUUUACUUUCCUGCCCACAACAACUAAAAAAUGGAUAAAACAUGUGAAACAACACUUUUCAAGAUCUUGAAGAUCAGGCAAUGAAAGACAAUGAUAUCCCUGAGAGAUGGAAACAAAGUGAGCCUUAUGAUUACCCAGCUUACUAAAUUGAAGAGACUUUCUAGACUGUGGUACAUGCAAGGUGUGGGAAACAAGGUGAAGAACUGUAGACUUUCUGAAUUUAGGAUAUGUUACUUAACAUCUAAGGAGACACAGGCAGCUAGAGUUAACAGGACAGAGUACUGCAAAGGUAAGAACUACGCAGAAAGAGAACCCUGGAGAUCUGUAGAGGCCCCCUUUGAGUAUUCAGGUAAUAUGCACGUGUCGCUAGCUGAGGCCCUGGAGGUUCGGGGUGGACCCCUUCAGGAGGAAGAAAUAUGGGCUGUAUUAAAUCAAAGUGCUGAAAGUCUUCAAGAAUUAUUCAGGAAAGUAAGCAUAGCUGAUCCUGCUGCCCUUGGCUUUAUCAUUUCUCCGUGGUCUCUGCUGCUGCUGCCGUCUGGUAGUGUGUCAUUUACAGAUGAAAAUAUUUCCAAUAAGGAUCUUCGAGCAUUCACUGCACCCGAGGUUCUUCAAAAUCAAUCACUAACUUCCCUCUCAGAUGUCGAAAAGAUCCAUAUUUAUUCUCUUGGAAUGACAUUAUAUUGGGGGGCUGAUCAUGAAGUACCUCAGAGCCAACCCAUCAAGCUUGGAGAUCAUCUCAACAGCAUCCUGCUUGGAAUGUGUGAGGAUGUCAUCUACGCGCGGGUUUCUGUGCGGACUGUGCUGGAUGCUUGCAGUGCCCACGUUAGGAAUAGCAAUUGUGCACCUUCAUUUUCCUACGUGAAACAGUUGGUAAAGCUGGUUCUGGGAAAUCUUUCUGGGACAGAUCAGCUUUGCUGUAACAGUGACCAAAAACCUGAUCGAAGCCAGGCUAUUCGCGACCGAUUGAGAGGAAAAGGAUUACCAACAGGAAGAAGCUCUACUUCUGAUGCACUAGACAUACACAAGUCUCCAUUCUCUCAUCAGACCUUUCUUAACAAAGGGCUUAGUAAGUCUAUGGGAUUUCUGUCCAUCAGAGACACACAAGAUGAGGAAGAUUAUUUCAAGGACAUUUUAUCAGAUAAUAAUUCUGGACAUGAAGAUUCUGAAAAUACCUGCUCUCCUUACCAGUUCAACACUAGUGGCCCAGAAAAAAAAGCUACCCCUGGCAUUGAUGUGCUUCCCAAGAAGAAGAUUUGGGCUUCGUCCAUGGACUUGCUCUGCACAGCUGACAGAGACUCCUUCUCCGGGGAGCCUGGCAGAUACCGACACUGUCACCCUGAGGCAACCACAGUGCGGACUUCAACCACUCCUAGGAAAAAGGAGGCAAGGUACUCAGAUGGAAGCAUAGCCUUGGAUAUCUUUGGCCCUCAGAAAAUGGAUCCUGUGUUUCACACGCGAGAAUUUCCAACUUCCUUGGCAAUAUCAAGUGCUUUGGACCGAAUCCGAGAGAGACAAAAGAAACUUCAGGUUCUGAGAGAAGCCAUGAAUGUAGAAGAACCAAUUCGAAGAUACAAAACUUACCACAGUGAUAUCUUUAGUACCUCCAGUGAAAGUCCAUCUAUUAUUUCCUCUGACUCAGACUUCAGACAAGUGAGAAAAAGUGAAGCUUCAAAGAGGUUUGAAUCUAACAGUGGUCUCCCAGGAGUAGAUGAAACGCCAAGUCAAGGCCAGUCACACAGACCAAGCAGACAAUAUGAAACACCCCUUGAAGGCAACUUAAUUAAUCAAGAGAUUAUGCUAAAACGGCAAGAAGAAGAAAUGAUGCAGCUCCAAGCUAGAAUGGCCCUUAGACAGUCUCGGUUGAGCCUUUAUCCAGGGGAUACAAUCAAAGCUUCCAUGCUUGACAUCACCAGGGAUCCUUUAAGAGAAAUGGCUCUAGAAACAGCCAUGACUCAAAGAAAACUAAGGAAUUUCUUUGGCCCCGAGUUUGUGAAAAUGACGAUAGAACCUUUUGUAUCUUUGGAUUUGCCACGGUCUAUCCUUACAAAGAAAGGGAAGAAUGAGGAUAACCGAAGAAAAGUAAAUGUAAUGCUCCUGAGUGGGCAGAGAUUGGAACUGACUUGUGAUACCAAAACCAUAUGUAAAGAUGUGUUUGAUAUGGUUGUGGCCCAUAUUGGCUUGGUGGAACAUCAUUUGUUUGCUUUAGCUGUCCUCAAAGAUAAUGAAUAUUUCUUCGUGGAUCCUGAUUUAAAAUUAACCAAAGUGGCCCCAGAGGGAUGGAAAGAAGAACCGAAGAAAAAGAACAAAGCCACUGUUAAUUUUACUUUGUUUUUCCGAAUUAAAUUUUUCAUGGAUGAUGUUAGUCUAAUCCAACAUACUCUGACCUGUCACCAGUAUUAUCUUCAGUUGCGAAAAGAUAUCUUGGAGGAGAGAAUGCACUGUGAUGAUGAAACCUCUUUACUGUUGGCCUCCUUGGCUCUCCAGGCUGAGUAUGGAGAUUAUCAGCCAGAGGUUCAUGGUGUGUCUUAUUUUAGACUGGAGCAUUAUUUGCCUCCCAGAGUGAUGGAGAAACUUGAUUUGUCCUAUAUUAAAGAAGAGUUGCCCAAAUUGCAUAAUACCUAUGCAGGAGCUUCUGAAAAAGAGACGGAGUCAGAAUUUUUAAAGGUCUGCCAAAGACUGACAGAAUAUGGAGUUCAUUUUCACCGGGUGCACCCUGAGAAAAAGUCACAAACUGGAAUAUUACUAGGAGUCUGUUCUAAAGGUGUCCUUGUAUUUGAGGUUCACAAUGGAGUUCGAACAUUGGUCCUUCGCUUUCCAUGGAGGGAAACCAAGAAGAUUUCAUUUUCAAAGAAGAAAAUCACAUUGCAGAAUACAUCAGAUGGAAUAAAACAUGCCUUCCAGACAGACAACAGCAAGGUAUGCCAGUACCUGCUGCAUCUCUGCUCUUCCCAGCAUAAGUUCCAGCUACAGAUGAAAGCAAGACAGAGCAACCAAGAUGCCCAAGAUAUUGAGAGAGCUUCGUUUAGGAGCCUGAAUCUCCAAGCGGAGUCCGUUAGAGGAUUUAACUUGGGACGAGCAAUCAGCACUGGCAGUCUGGCCAGCAGCACCCUGAACAAACUUGCCGUUCGACCUCUGUCAGUUCAAGCUGAGAUUCUGAAGAGGCUCUCCUGCUCAGAGCUGUCGCUUUACCAGCCAUUGCAAAAAAAUUCAAAGGAGAAGAGCGGCAAAGCUUCGUGUGAGGAAAAGCCUAGAGAGAUGAGCAAAUCAUACCACGAUCUCAGUCAGGCCUCUCUCUCUCCUCAUCGGAAAAAUGUCAUUGUUAACAUGGAAUCCCCUUCACAAACCAUUGUGGAGUUGGUAGGAAAACCGUUUCACCAGAUGGCAAGAUCUGAUACAGAAUCUUUGGCAGAAGUCACAAAACUUAAUAAUUCAAAGUCUGUUGCAAGUUUAAAUAGAAGUCCUGAAAGGAGGAAACAUGAAUCAGACUCCUCAUCUUUUGAAGACCCUGGUCAAGCAUAUGUUAUAGGAAUGACUUUGCAUAGUUCUGGAAAUUCUUCAUCCCAAGUUCCCUUAAAAGAAAAUGAUGUGCUACACAAAAGAUGGAGCAUAGUAUCCUCACCAGAAAGGGAGAUUACCUUGGUGAACCUGAAAAAAGACGCAAAGCAUGGCUUAGGAUUUCAAAUCAUUGGUGGGGAGAAGAUGGGAAGACUGGAUCUAGGUGUAUUUAUCAGCUCAAUCACUCCUGGAGGACCAGCUGACUUAGAUGGAUGCUUAAAGCCAGGAGACCGUUUGAUAUCUGUAAAUAGUGUGAGCUUAGAGGGGGUCAGCCACCAUGCUGCAAUUGAAAUUUUGCAAAAUGCACCUGAAGAUGUGACACUUGUUAUCUCUCAGCCAAAAGAAAAGAUAUCCAAAGUGCCUUCUACUCCUGUGCACAUUGCCAAUGGCAUGAAAAAUUACAUGAAGAAACCUUCCUAUAUGCAAGGCAGCACUAUAGAUUCUUCUGAGGAUCACCGCUGGCCACGUGGUACCCUGAGGCACAUCUCAGAGAGCUCUUUCGGGCUGUCUGGAGGGCUGCGGGAAGGAAGCCUGAGUUCUCAAGAUUCCAGGACUGAGAGUGCCAGCUUGUCCCAGAGCCAGGUCAAUGGCUUCUUUGCCAGCCACGUAGGUGACCGGACCUGGCAGGAGUCACAGCACGGCAGCCCUUCCCCAUCUGUGAUAUCCAGAGCCACUCAGAAGAAGAGGACUUCUACUGACAGUAACCAAAGCAAAGCUAAAAAACCAGGCAUUUCUGAUGCAACAGAUUACUCAGAUCGUGGAGACUCAGACAUGGAUGAAGCCACUUACUCCGGCAGUCAGGAUCAUCAAACGCCAAAAAAGGAAUCUUCCUCCUCAAUGAAUACAUCCAACAAAAUGAAUUUUAAAACUUUUCCUUCAGCACCUCCUAAACCUGGAGAUAUCUUUGAGGUUGAACUGGCUAAAAAUGAUAACAGCUUGGGGAUAAGUGUCACGGUACUGUUUGACAAGGGAGGUGUGAAUACCAGUGUCAGACAUGGUGGCAUUUAUGUGAAAGCUGUUCUUCCCAAGGGAGCAGCAGAGUUCGAUGGUAGAAUUCACAAAGGUGAUCGUGUCCUAGCUGUUAAUGGAGUUAGUCUGGAAGGAGCCACCCAUAAGCAAGCUGUGGAAACACUGAGAAAUACGGGACAGUUGGUUCAUCUGUUGUUAGAAAAGGGACAGUCUCCAGCAUCCAAAGAACAUGCCCCUGUAACCCCACAGUGCAACCUUUCAGAUCUGGAUGGUCAAGGUCAAGUCCCAGAAAAAAUGGUGAAGAAAAUGACUCCUAUCAAAGACUACAGCUUUGUCACUGAAGAGAAUACAUUUGAGGUAAAAUUGUUUAAAAAUAGCUCAGGCCUAGGAUUCAGUUUUUCUCGAGAAGAUAAUCUUAUACCUGAGCAAAUGAAUACCAGCAUAGUAAGGGUUAAAAAGCUCUUCCCUGGGCAACCAGCAGCGGAAAGUGGAAAAAUUGAUGUGGGGGAUGUUAUCUUGAAGGUGAAUGGAGCCUCAUUGAAAGGACUGUCUCAGCAGGAAGUUAUAUCUGCUCUCAGAGGAACAUCUCCAGAAGUAUCCUUGCUUCUCUGCAGACCUCCACCUGGUGUGCUACCAGACAUUGAUCCUGCUCUUUUGACCCCACUGCAUUCUCCAGCACAAGUACUUCCAAACAACAGUAAAGAGCCCUCUCAGUCAGCAUGUGUGGGGCCAGGCACCAGCUCAGAUGAAAAUGAAAUGUCUGACAAAAGCAAGAAAGAGUGCACAUCCUCAUCCAGGAAAGACAGUGACAGUGACAGCAGUGGGAGCGGAGAAGAAGACUUAGUGAAAGCUCCAGCAAAAAUUCCAAAUAUGAGCUGGAGUUCAGCUUUUCAGCAGACUCUAAGCAACAUGCUACCACUGGCACAAAAUCAACACGAGGCAACCAAGAGUCAAGAAGAUACCAUUUGUACCAUGUUUUACUAUCCUCAGAAAAUAUCCAGCAAACCAGGACUCGAGCCCAGUAAUCCUCCUUCCCCUCUACCACUGGAUGUGACUCCUGGACCACCCCAAACAGAAUCUAUUUCCACGAAUUUAACAGAUAAAUAUCAUAUACGUCACACCUCUGAACCAACCAGACAAGAUAGCUUGACAUCUUUGAAGACUAAUUUGGAAAACCACCUUGAAGACUUAGAGCUGGAAGUAGAACUUGUCAUUACCCUAAUUAAAUCGGAAAAAGGAAGCCUGGGCUUUACAGUAACCAAAGGCAGUCAGAGUAUUGGUUGUUAUGUUCAUGAUGUCAUUCAGGAUCCAGCCAAAAGCGACGGAAGGCUAAAACCUGGGGACCGGCUCAUAAAGGUUAAUGAUACAGAUGUUACAAACAUUACUCACACAGAUGCAGUGAAUCUGCUACGGGCUGCACCCAAGACAGUCAGAUUGGUUCUUGGGAGAGUUCUAGAAUUACCCAGGAUGCCAGUGCCGCCUCAUUUGCUACCUGACAUUACAUUAACGUGCAACAAAGAAGAAUUGGGUUUUUCCUUAUCUGGAGGUCACGACAGCCUUCAUCAAGUGGUAUAUAUUAGUGAUAUCAAUCCAAGGUCAGCUGCAGCGACGGAGGGUAAUCUCCAGCUAUUAGACAUCAUCCACUAUGUGAAUGGAGUCAGCACACAAGGCAUGACCGUGGAAGCAGCUGAGAGAGCAUUAGACAUGUCACUUCCUUCACUGGUGUUAAAAGCAACAAGAGAUGGUCAGCCAGUGAUCCCAAGUUCCAAGAAGUCUGCCAUUUCAACUCCAAAGUCAGCCAAAGCCAAUGGUCAUCACACAGUGGAGCCUUGCAGCAAGCCUGCCCUCACUCCUAAGGACUCAUUCUCCCAGAUUAAUGGGGAAGAAGUUUCGCACCCUGAAGGAAAAUGCUCUACUUUUCAGAUGAAGGGAUCAGAAAAUUUGAUUCUGUCCAAAGGUAGUUUUCCAAAUCAGUCAUCCAUUUUCUCUAAAUGCUCUAAUAAUUCAGAAUCUGAUGUACAGGAAGAUGAUAUUUAUGACGACCCUCAAGAAGCUGAAGUUAUCCAGUCUCUGCUGGAUGUUGUGGAUGAGGAAGCCCAGAAUCUUUUAAACCAAACUAAUGCGGCAGCAGGUGCCUGUGUUCCAGGUGCAUUGAAAACGAAUGGAAAGUUAUCUGAAGAGGGAGCAGAAGAUACAGACUGUGAUGGAUCACCUUUACCUGAAGAUUUUACAGAGCUGGCAGGCUCCGAUCACCUGAUAGCCACCCGCAGUGUGGGCGAGGCCGGUGAGCAGUCUACCAAAAUGAAUGGCUGUGAAGAAUAUUGUGAAGAAAAAGAAAAAAGUGAAAGAUUAAUUCAAAAUUCACAAGAAAGGAGGACUGAUGAUGAUGAAAUAACAUGGGGGAGUGAUGAAUUGCCAAUAGAAGCAAUAAACCACGAAGAUUCCAAUAAAGAUCAUCCUUUUCUGACAAAUGAGGAGCUCACUGCACUUCCCAUCGUCAAAGUGCUUCCCUCUGGUAAAUACACUGGUACCAAGUUGAAAUCAGUCAUUCGAAUGCUGCGGGGUUUACUAGAUCAAGGAAUUCCUUCUAAGGAGUUGGAGAAUCUUCAAGAAUUAAAACCUUUGGAUCAGUGUCUAAUUGGACAAACUAAGGAAAACAGAAGGAAGAACCGAUAUAAAAAUAUACUUCCCUAUGAUGCUACAAGAGUGCCUCUCGGAGAUGAAGGUGGAUAUAUCAACGCCAGCUUCAUUAAGAUACCAGUGGGGAAGGAAGAGUUCGUUUACAUUGCCUGCCAAGGGCCUCUCCCUACAACCGUUGGCGAUUUCUGGCAGAUGAUUUGGGAACAAAAGUCCACAGUGAUAGCCAUGAUGACCCAAGAGGUAGAAGGGGAAAAAGUCAAAUGCCAGCGCUACUGGCCUAACAUCCUCGGCAAAACGACAAUGGUCAGCAACAGGCUCCGGCUGGCGCUGGUGAAAAUGCAGCCGCUGAAGGGCUUUGUAGUAAGAGCAAUGACCCUAGAAGAUAUUCAGACACGAGAGGUGCGACAUAUUUCCCAUCUGAAUUUCACUGCCUGGCCGGACCAUGAUACACCUUCUCAGCCAGACGACUUGCUCACUUUCAUCUCUUAUAUGAGACACGUUCACAGAUCAGGCCCAAUCAUCACCCACUGCAGCGCUGGCAUCGGACGUUCAGGGACUCUGAUAUGCAUAGAUGUGGUGCUAGGCUUAAUCAGUCAAGAUCUUGAGUUUGACAUCUCUGAUUUAGUGCGCUGCAUGAGACUACAAAGACAUGGGAUGGUUCAGACAGAGGAUCAAUAUAUUUUCUGCUACCAAGUCAUCCUUUAUGUCCUGACACGUCUUCAAGCUGAAGAAGAACAAAAAGAGCAGCCGCAGCCUCUGAAGUGACCCGAAAAGAGCAGCCUUCUGGGUGCCUUUCCGGUUCUCGCCUUAACUCCCAGCAGACGCUCCUGUUAUCCAUUAACAACGGAGACCGCAGGGCAGCAAGUCCACACCAUAUCAUGUUGCUCGUUCUCCUCCACCUUAGAAAGGCUUUCUUCAUAACAGUAAAUAAUGUUGAAAUGCUGUAUUUUUUACAGCUGCUUUAACCCAUGAUGAUUAUUUUUUAAAAUUUUAACACUAACUGGAUAAUGCAGCUCAUAGGGACCAUUGAGGCAGCAUUUGAUUAUGGUGGACCUUUUUACAAGGAUACAUUGAGUCUUAUUGUUAAUGUACCAAUCUUGUUUAUAGAAAAGUUCUUUCCCAGUAUUUUAAUAAAGUAGUGAUUUUAUAGGGGAUACUUAAAACCAGUAUUUAAGCUUUAAAUGGCAGUAGUGUUGACAUAGAAAAAGUAGCAAAUGUUUACUGUAUCAAUGUCUAAUGUUUACUAUAUAGAAUUUACUGUAAUAUAUUUAUAUACUUUUUCAUGAAAAAUGGAGUGAGCAGAUAUGUUUGUAACUGCAUCUCCUCUUUGUUAUGCAUCAUCUCACUUUGUAAAUAAAAAUACACCUUAAAACAUGAA